CAAUUAAAAUAAAAUAAAACUAAAAUUAAAAUAAAAAUCAAAAGAAAAAAAACUUUUUGCUGAAAGGGUUCACCUGUGCAAAUUUUUAUGCUCCACUAUUACGGAUUCAAGUACUUCUGUGCCGGUUUGUGUACGUCUACGGACUUCCAUUUGACAACAAAUUGACGGAGCGCAGUCUCCACUUUAAGUGAUAAUGCUGCCUGCUGCACACCAUAUCAACAGCAACAUCAUUUAUUUCCUGUUGCUUUUGAAUUUAUUGCCAAUUUUUUGUCAACCACAAUUUGUGGAAUUUUUUUCGGAUUAUAAAAAGAAUCACAUCGAGGAUGAGAUCAAAUAUAUUUUUCACUACUACGUAGAUGAUGCACCAUCCAAAGUGCACAUCAAUCAUCGGGAAGAACGUCGCGGUACUCAAGUUACAGGGGAAUAUGGCUUAGUGGAGCCCGGUGGCUAUAUACGUAACGUGCACUACGAAGUCGACGGUGAUAAAGGCUUCCGAACAGUAGUCAGAACGAGAACAGCAGCAAGUCGCACGCUGCAGAUACUACACACAGGCAGUCAGCAGCCACAGAACCCAGUCCAGCAUGCCAAACCAGUGGCAUUUGUUACUUGA